UGGGCACGCACAUUGUGCACUCUUGAUUUAUAUAAUGCUGACCUUCAAUUCAUUUCUUAUAUGAAGGUUAAUUGUAAGAAGCAGACAGGAAGACUUACAGUCGAUUGGCUUUGUGGGCUGGAGAUGCUCACAAAAACUGGCAAGACUAUUCUGGACAGUUAUGUGAGAAACCAUCUCUCGUGUUCUGGAAGAUACUAAGGAAGAGUCACCACUCUGAGAAUUACAAAACAUUUUGCUUGUGUUGACCGAGCUAUUCCAAUUCAUACUAAAUUGUCCCUAGGGUGUUCUAGUUCUACCCCUGUCUUUGUGCUCUGGAUUGCUGUCUUACCUGUACGCACCCUUAAACAGAUGAACAAACACCAGCUUGUGAAAAGGGAGAUGAAGGAUUUCUAAUAUAUCUCUGAGGAGAAGACAAAAAAGUGCAAUUAAAGAGUUAAAUUCAGUGUUAUGUAAAGGUAACAUGGAGAAGAAAAGGAACAUGUAGAUGAUGAUUGGUUUUAUUGCUUCCCUCAAAAUUAUUUUUGUCUCAGAAAUCUGAUUUCAGAUUGAAGUGAUGAACAAAUUGCCUUAUAUUAGACAACAGCACUGUAACAGUAUGCUGUGAGUUAAGGCAAAUGGAUUUAAUUAAUCAAGCUCCGUGUGCUCAGAUUCAGAAGCGCAUGUCUUCUGACAUCUGUUUAUAUCUUCUCUUACAAUUUUCAUUUUGCUUCCUUAUUUUUCCCUUAUCACAACUUGUUUUAAUAUAGCUAACAAUUUCUUUUGUCUAUUAUCCCUUACAUCUCGUUCUGAUUGUGAAGAAGCAUCGGUGUACUGUGCCGAACACGUGCCGAGUGACUGCUGCUGCCUAAUGUAGUCACAAGGCGUAGAAACAGCUCGGUGCUUGGCAGGAGCAAAAACGUAUGCUGGAGGAAUUUGCUUCCCAGCAUGAAGAAAUUCUCUAUGACUGUUUUGAUCUUGCAUGAGACUUGUGAAAUACUGAAGUCAUGUCAGGUUCUGAAGUGAUUAUAAUUUGCUCCUGAGUUUUGAAAUUCUUGAUUUUUGGGACAGCAUAGCUCCAUGCAAAAGCUAGCUGAACAAUUCCAUGUUUUAGUGGAUAUACUCCAAGCGUACCAUUUUCUCACUUUCUUCCUUCUUGCUGGAAUCUGCAAUGGAUUGAUUUAUUGCAGAUUUCAAACCUGUCAACACCCAAAUGUGUGACACCAGCUCUCAAUACAUGUGAAAGAGCUAAGCUGAGGGACAUGAUAAUAUGUAGCAGGGGAAGAAGAGAGAAGUUCUGCAGAAUACAUUUUGUGCAGUACAGAAAACUUUUCUAUAAACUCCAUUUUGAAGUUGAGCAACUCUGUUAUCAGCCUGCAGUUAUCAGGGAGUUAGAAAACAGUAGGACAGGAGUUUGGACUUCAUGACUCUCCCUUGUACUAGAAUGUUAGAGGAAUCUACCUGUGCUUAUACUGCAGAGAGUUUUAUGAGCUGCUUAAAUCACAAACCUGAAAGUUAUUAAAAAUAUGUAUAACUCCCAACUUCAAGCUAAGGAAGUCGAUGUUUUGAAAAUUCCCCUUGUGGUCAGAGAGCAGCCUGGCCGAAUCCGGAUAGCUGCAGCUGAACCGGGAAGUGCAGCUGUGCAGGAGCUCGGACUUCCCUGUGCAGCUGGCCAGUGAUGUCCGCACUUGCCUGGAGUCAUGACGCAGCUCUACUCCGCUGCUGCAGCCCUGCUGGUGUGCACCCUUGCCGUGCUGUUCAAAAUGUCGCUGUCAGUGGACCACGUACCGAUGCUGCUUUGGUCAACUCAGAGAUCACAGUGGAAUCCAGACACUGCUUUGCAUGAAGGACAUGUUGUCUCAGCACAGGAGCUGACCGUACUCUUGCAACCUGUUUUUACCCAGAAUUCCAGAAACCUCAUCUUGUUCCUGCACGAUAUGCUUAGCAUAGGUGAUUUCACAUACCUCAGUGAAUUCUACGGUAACAAGAAUCCAUUUCAAAAUGUGCAGGGAAUUCUUCAGUCUUCUCCUUCAUCUUUACUUUUGCCAGCUGUUGACUGCGAGGCUACCAAGUAUCUUCUGAGCUUUCUUCUGGAGUCAGGAUAUUGGAAGUUAACAAACAUAACUAAUCUUGAUGUCUCUCAGCUGGAAGUGAAUACAUCUGAACCAAACUUACUGGUGGUUCAUCUACAACCACUUGUCAGUGAUUUAAACAAGAUUUCCACCCUGGAAGCAGUUGCUGAAAAUGAAAAAAUAAUUGGAAGACUGACCAUGGAUCUGCAGGAACGAGGGAUUCAUUUUUCAGUAAUUUAUACUGCAGUGAGACCUUCAAGGAUUUCUAGAAGAACUGAUGUGGUGGGGGAAUUAAGACGACAAUUAAUGGCCACUGAGGAAGAAGACAGUUUAUCAUAUCCUCCUCUGAAUGUGACUGCUGGAAAAGAUAUAUGCAUCCUUUUUUACGCUAGUAAUUUCAGCCUCAAAGCCAACAGUUCCGUUCUUAUAGAUCUGACAAAUGCAACAUUUGUAAUGCAGAAUGUGGAUAUUUCUUCCUCUGAGUGCUCAGACAUCAACACAACACUGUCAUUAAAAUACACAAAGCCAGUGAAUGGAAUCAGCAGCCUAGAGAUAAGGUUUUUAAUGACCAACAAGUUCUAUGGAGGCUCAGCUAGAAAUUGGUCCACUUUAGAUUCAGUUGAGAUUGUACAAGAUGGAGAAAAGUUUGCUAAAUUUAAUGUUUCUGUCAUCUCUGCUCCUGCAGAGUAUUCAUUUCAUUGUCAGCUGGUGGGAACAAGCAAUCUCUAUCCUGCAAGGCUGAUUCCGUCCAACAAUGAGGCAAAAAACUGGGAUGUUUUCAUUUCCAAGUUGCAAAUUCAAGGCUUCAACAUUGAAAACAACCAGUUUUCUUAUGCAAGUGACUGUACAGGUUUCUUCACUCCUGGAAUCUGGAUGGGCUUGGUGACGUCUAUAAUUUUACUGUGGAUCCUGGCCUAUGGAAUCCAUAUGAUCAUGCAGCUCACAACAAACAGCAGAUUUGAUGAUCCCAAAGGUGCAGCUCUGUCAGUUCCUCAGACAGAAUAGCCAUGGAUUGACUUAGUGCUGCUAUGGCUUUUCCUGGUCUGAUAUUUAUGAUUUUUAGAACCUUUCUACUUCAUAUGUGUAACAUAAAAAGAUAUCAUAGCAGAAAGGGAUAAUUAAACUACAUAUAAAAAGGAUCCUUAUGCUUGGCAACAAUAAUAAUUCUACUUGCUAUUACGGUCAUUUGCUAACAGCCAUCUGUGUUAAGGGUCUGAGGUGAGGCUGUAGAAGUUAUUACUGUAUCUGGCUGUUAGAAAGACCAUUACAAACUGCCAUCAGAUCAACUGUUAUUGGCAAAGAAAGGGUAUCACAACAGAGAUAAAUGGGAAGGGUAAAUAACUUAUUUGAUAGGAAACUAUAUACUGAAACCACUGGUCUCCAUAAAGGCUCUUUAGUAAGUACGUCAUGUUGAUGCUACACCGUAAGAGCGCUGAACUGUGUCUUGCCAUUUUUUCCUCCUGAGAAAACCAUCCAAAAAUGUACAGAACUAAUGAAGUAUAAGUCACUAAAUAAAUGGUCUUGAAAAAUUUUUUCAAAAUAUAUGACUGUUCAGAUAUGGUAUCACAAAUGAGAAUAGGUGCAUUAAGGUUUAGCUUCCUUCUAAUGUUAUCUUAUGCCUGUGAGAAUGAUGUUGAGUAAUGCUAACUCGUGUUUCUUUUAGCCAUGGACAGCUGAUGAAGUUACUAAGCGAGAUAGGUCCUUGCCUAAACAGAUCACAAAAUUAUAUUUGGUGUCAUGGCAAUGAAUGCAACUUUUCAAGCCCAUAACCUAGUAUGAUUCAAUGUGCCAGUGCAGACAGCAUCUUAACAGAGAUAACGUAAUUUUCUUAGCAUCCUUCCUUUUCUAGGUAUCUUUGGAGUAGUUAUGAAGUUUGUACAAAAAAAAGAAAAAUAAAAUAUAUAAAGUCAUUA